AUGAGCUACUUCGAUUUCAGCGCGAACGUUGGCGAGCGAUUGGAUGGUUACGUGUGCUUCUCGGAGGGUCCGAGGGAGUUCUGGUUUCGACCGAAGAAAUUCGAGGAGUUUCUGAACGACUUGGACAACAUUUUGCAGUUGUACUACGAGAAUGGGGGACGAGGAUCACUGUUUCCAUCGUUGAGCGACUGCCAGUUGCUGAAGGUCGGCAUACCGUGCGCCGCCAAGCUGUCUGUGAACGACCGGUGGUGCCGUGCCCGUGUGGCGAAUCAGAUGGGCGUGGUGCAGUUCGUGGACAUUGGCCACAAGCAGUUGUGUCUGCUGGAGAGCAUCAAGCCGUUGGCCCGUCAGUUCUCCGAGUUCAUGAGUCCUGCGGCGGUUCAUUGCAAGGUUGUCAAUUUUCAACAGCUGUCCACAGCGGGCUAUCCAAAGCUGUUCGAUCCUGUCGCCAUCAUUAUCCGCAGUAAGGUCGAACCUUACAGGGUAACCGUCGAAAGCCUGAUCUCACCGCCGACCAGUAUCUGCAGACGUUUGUUGAACAGGCAGGUAAAAAGCUGA